AUGGCACCACAAAAACAAAGUUUGGAUCAUGUUCAUGAAAAGAUUGUUGUUCUCGGUUCUGGAGGUGUUGGAAAAUCUGCUGUCAUUUUGCAGUUUAUUCAAUCGGUUUUUGUGGAAGUUUAUGAUCCAACAUUGGAGGAUUCAUACAAGAAGGAGAUUAUUAUAGAUUCCACUCCUGUUACUUUAGAAAUUAUUGAUACAGCCGGACAAGAGGAGUUGACAAGUUUACGUGAUAAUUAUGUUAAAAAUGGGGAUGGAUUUCUUCUUGUUUAUUCAAUAACUUCGAGUCAAUCUUUUGAGGAAAUUGAAGAUUUGAUUGAACAAAUUAUGAGAGCUAAGAAUAUUGAUUCUGAAAACCCAACAGAAUUAUCAAAAAAUUUAUCUGCUGUCAUUAUUGGAAAUAAAGCAGAUUUACAAAAUGAGAGAGCAGUAUCUAAUCAAUCAUUACAAAAACUAGGAGAAAGAUUCAAAGGUAAAAUUCCAAUAUUUGAAACAUCAGCAAAGGAGAAAAUUAACAUUGAGGAGUCUUUCAUGGCAUUGGCAAGACAAAUUUUUGAUAAAAAGACAGGUAAACAGCCUGCCAAAAAAGAAGGUGGAACAUCUUCAAAUAGCUCAGAAUCGUGUUGUAUUCUUUUAUAA